UUUUGGCGAAAAUAUUAAACUUAGUUCACAGGGAGGGGGUAAAUCCUUUUUUUUCGCGGGUGGAUCUUUUGAGAGCGACUGCCUCUUCUUGUUGAAAACGCGUAACUACACCAGUUCCGGUUUUCUGAAUGGAGUAAGUCUGCUAAGCGGUCAACCACUGGAAACGUGUCGUCUGCCAAGAAUCUUUCCUAAUAGGAACGUAAUGGACAUUUCCCUUGGGUUGUUGCCUUUUACGUUAAUUGAACGUUUUGUUUACUGAUGAGUUCACAACUAUUCGGAAGUUAUUGUUUUAAAUAUUUUUCCAAUAAAGGCAUACUCCAAUGAAGUGAUUUAUAUUUUCCCCUUUAACAGUAUAAUACAUUUAUCACAUUCCUCCAUUGUUGUCCUACACUACUAAGCCGUGGACUGUAAGGUAACUGAUCACAAGAAGGUGAUUGCCGAGACGUGGGUUUUAGUUUCCAACUAAUCCACUGCUCUCUCGAAAGGAACAGGUGGAGAGCGUGCUAUUGUAACACCUCAGGCUGAAGCGCAUCAAACGUGGCGGAAGAAAAGGUGCCAAAAGGCAGAAACCCCUUUAAAAAUACCUCAGCGAGACAUCAGCAAAGCCACAAACAUGAAAGCAGAAUCACACCGCGCACAUUCACGUUUAUGAACUUAAACCCCAUCCACACAACUCGGCGCGAAGGUGGAAUCUCUAAAAAUAUCCGCAAUGUCUUAAUUUGGUGCGCUCGAGUUUCCGCUGGAGUUUAAAAUAGCCGCAGUACGCCCUGCCCCUGAAUGCAUCAAUCGCGCAGUGACAAUGCGCUGCCAGACCUGCUAUUUUUGGCCGCCCAGCCCGGCUCCUUGCGUCAAUGGCUGCGUUCCUGCGUCACGCGGCACUCUGCCGGCCCCGGCGCGCGCCCUAUCACAUUUUCCUUUCGUUCAUUAAAUCGCUUCGCCCACGAGCGCUGACGCGGCUCUGCAACCAGCCGCGUUAAUGAGCUCCCUCCGAGCCCGCCGCGAGUAAAGGUGGUCACAAGACUUUCCCCGCUCCGCCGGCCAGUCCCGCCGUUUCCACCUCAGCGAAUACAUACACGCCACGCAUUGGCGGCUUUCCUACUUACUGGUGCUCCGUAGUAACUAUAACAAACAUUUUAAUUACUGGUUACCAGUAUUAUUCUCACGAAACGUGCACUUAAUUGUAGAAUCAAAACUUCCUAUUCCCUCAAUCCGAAAUUAUACCUGUUGAUCGCUUCUUUUUGCGUGCUAUUCCAGAAGCAGAACCCUUUAUAAAACUUAAUGAGUACAUGUACGCUGUUUAUUCAAAUAUAAUAUAGUUAAUACUUUGCGGUUUACGCCAAAUGAAAUGCGUGCAUUUUAAACAAUAUUAAAGUAGUGUCAAUUUAACCCAAAAUAAAGCGAUUGAAAAUAAAUCCUUUAGAAUGCUUAAUAACUCACUCAAUUUUCCUCAUGGCUGACCAGAAUUUUACAUGUUUAAUAGACACGUAACAACAGUAGGAUCGAUAAUCUAUAUACGGCGAAUGUUCCAACAUGUUGUUUUGGAAAUGCUGCAAAAAGGUGAGAAGGUUGCCGUAAGUCAUGUCCUUACUACCUUAAAAAUCCAGAGCGCUAACGUCACCUCGGAAAUUAACCAAAGUGAGAUUUAGCCAACCGUGUGGUGAGGGCCCAGCCCUCGGGCGCUCAUUGGGUUUGGCCACGCUGACGCUCGCUGACGCUCGGCGACUUGGUUACACGCUGUCGGUGGAAGAGAGGAGCUCACAUAAACAAAGGCACAUUGGAGACUAGGGCCAGUCCGAGUCUGAUCGCCUGCUCAGAGUGCCGAGAACAACAACCUGUACCACUGCCGCUGCUUAAACUCAAAACACUGCUGCACUUCAAAGUUCAUUCUACGUAAAGCUGACUUUCUGCUCAUCUUGCAGACUACAGCAUCCAAAUGAGAGGCGGAAAGAGAAAAUAAUCAAAAAAGCUGUUAUUAUACUAUCACCGAAACUGCGAUUUAGAAAACAUUCCGAAUUCUGCUCUUCAGGAAUACAAGCCACAACAGUGUCUACUUUUCAUUUCUUUCACAGCCACUUGGCAGAAGCCAUGCCCUGUGUUCAAGCUCAGUAUGGGUCAUCGCCACAAGGAGCCAGUCCUGCCUCUCAGAGCUACAGCUACCACAGUGGGGAGUACAGCUCUGACUUCUUAACGCCAGAGUUCGUAAAGUUCAGCAUGGAUCUCACAAACACCGAAAUAACAGCCACCACUUCGCUGCCAAGCUUCAGCACCUUCAUGGAGAAUUACAGCACCAGUUACGACGUGAAACCGCCUUGCUUGUACCAGAUGCCACUGCCCAACCAGCAGUCUCCCAUCAAGAUCGAAGACAUCCAGAUGAACGGCUAUCACCAACAGAACCACCUACAGCACCCACCAGAGGAGAUGAUGCACUCUGGCUCUAUGUAUUACAAGCCAUCUCCACCUCCUACCCCAACACCUCCAGGCUUCCAGGUCCAGCAUAGCCCAUUAUGGGAUGACCCCAAUUCUCUUCAUAGCUUUUCUCAAAACUAUGUAGCUACCACCCACAUGAUAGAUCAGCGGAAGUCAUCGGUUUCAAGACUAUCUCUCUUUUCCUUCAAGCAGUCUCCUCCCGGCACCCCAGUCUCUAGCUGUCAAAUGAGGUUUGAUAACCCCUUACACAUUUCCAUGAACCCUGAGACAGGAGGUGGGCAUCACGUGGUGGACAGCCAGAACUUCGCUGUCCCCAAUCCCAUCCGAAAACAGACAUCCGUGGGCUUUCCCGGUCUCCAGAUCGGCCAUGGGUCUCAGCUGGUGGACAACCAGGUCCCAUCACCUCCUUCUCGAAGCUCUCCAUCUAACGAAGGCCUGUGCGCCGUUUGCGGAGACAACGCCGCCUGCCAGCACUACGGAGUCCGCACUUGCGAGGGCUGUAAAGGCUUUUUCAAGCGUACAGUGCAGAAAAACGCUAAGUAUGUUUGUCUGGCAAAUAAGAAUUGUCCAGUUGACAAGCGCCGCCGUAACAGGUGCCAAUACUGUCGCUUUCAGAAGUGCCUUGUCGUUGGCAUGGUGAAAGAAGUCGUUCGUACGGAUAGCCUGAAGGGUCGCAGGGGACGCCUCCCGUCCAAACCGAAGAGCCCUCAAGAGCCGUCUCCGCCGUCUCCUCCAGUCAGUCUCAUAACAGCCUUGGUCCGAGCGCACGUCGACUCCAACCCCGCCAUGUCCAACCUCGAUUACUCUCGAUUCCAGUCCAACCCCGAAUACCAGCUGAGCGGCGGGGACACAGAGCACAUCCAGCAGUUCUACGACCUUCUGACAGGCUCUAUGGAAAUAAUCCGCGGUUGGGCAGAAAAGAUCCCUGGUUAUACCGACCUUCCAAAAGAGGACCAAGAGCUUCUUUUUGAAUCGGCUUUCCUGGAACUGUUCGUCCUGAGGCUGGCCUAUCGGUCCAACCCUGUGGACGGCAAGCUAAUAUUUUGCAAUGGGGUGGUGCUGCACAGACUGCAGUGCGUCCGCGGCUUUGGGGAAUGGAUAGAUUCAAUCAUUGACUUUUCGUCCAACCUGCACAGUAUGAACAUAGACAUUUCAGCCUUUUCCUGCAUUGCUGCCCUCGCCAUGGUAACAGAGAGACACGGACUAAAAGAACCCAAGAAGGUAGAAGAACUUCAAAAUAAAAUUGUGAACUGUCUCAAGGACCACGUGACUUUCAACGGUGGAAACUUAAAUCGUCCAAACCACUUGUCCAAACUUUUGGGGAAAUUGCCAGAGCUGCGCACCCUCUGCACGCAAGGUCUUCAGCGCAUCUUCUACCUAAAGCUCGAGGACCUUGUCCCACCGCCGACAAUAAUUGAUAAGCUCUUUCUGGACACACUACCAUUUUGAAAGCAACCCUAAGCAUUUGGACUGAAUAAAAAAGAUAGUGAAACUAUAAUAAAGGACAUUAAAGUGCCGCAGAAAUGCGGCAGAGACAUUUCUACAGUGGAACAGGACUUUGGUGCCAAAUGCAUUUGCAAAAAGGUUGACAACUUUUUGCGCUUGUUAAAACUUUGUAUUACAAUCGUUUACUGGCUAGGAUUCACAGCAAAUAAACCCUGAAAACGUGGUAUAUACAGUUUUUAAUUAUCCGUUUAGUCUUUUUUUAUUGACGAGAUGGAGCUUCCCCAAAUGGGGGGAACAUGCAUUCCUGUCAAAAUCCGUUCAACUUUUGAUAGAACUCAUAAUUGCAGUGUAUAAAAUGGAUUGUAACCUCCACCCUCAGUAAAGCUCGUGCUCUUAGCAUAUAUAUGCGAUAGUAUCUAUAAAAUAAAGAAUUGGUGAUUAUAAAUACAACAAAUAUGUGAUGACGUGAUGCGCCCAAAGCGAAAGAGAAAGCUGCAACAAUUGUAAAUUAUCAAAUUAAGUUUUGCUCUGAUUAUUUUUCUGAUUGGUUUGAAAUGUAAGAGUGAAGAAAUGUAAGAUGGAGAUCUAUUAGUGGUUAGUGCAAAAAUAAAGGCCAAGCAUGUGAAUGCUAUUGCAGGACUAAUCUUCAUACUUGUAUGUUGGAAAUAUUAUAGGCACUUGGUAUCUUCUUGAUGGAUUAUGUCUACAGUAUGAGAACCUAAGAAAUAGUAUUCCAGACACUAUGUAGUCUGUUAGUUUUUUUUAAAGACAGAUGUAGUGUUUGAUAUCUUGUUAGCAGAUGUACAAUUUUAGCAUUUGGCUACAAGCAUACACCGACUGGCAUCUUAAAGAGAUACAUUGUGUUUGUAAAGAUCGUUCAACAUUCAUCGUUUGUAAGUGUUGUAUGUACUGUUGAUGUUGAUAAAAGUUUAUAUAUUAUUUUUGUCGUCUAACAUGAAUUUGCAUGCUCCUGCUUUUGACAGUUUUCAGAGUGCUUUUGGGGGAAAUCUCCUGCAAUUUACUGAGCACUUUGUCCUACUUUCCAAACGUCCGCAAAAAGGUGACACUUGUCAUUUCAUGUUUUAGUGGGAUUUUUAAAAGAAAGUAUUUACAUACAUGUAGGUUUUACUUUGUAUAUUAAAAUAUAUAUAUGUAUGCGGUACGUAUACAUUUUGACCUACACGUCACUGCCUUUUCUAUUGUGUAUCUUACAUUUAGAAAUGCUUAAAGUAUGUUUUCUGAGAAUUCUUUCUUUGAGAAAGAAACAUUUAAUGUUUACAAAAAUAAAAGAUGUCUU